AUGCAGAAGAACAAGCUAACAGGCACUAGCCCUCCGGCCGAGAUAAAAGGCUCGAGGGCACCGUCUAGAAAACCGAAAACGUACUCGCCCUUUGAGAAAGCGCAACAUGAAUCUCAGAGGCUCGAGCCGGCAUUGUGGUCACAGAAUCAUGCAGGGUCGAUGUGGGUUCUGCCGCAGACACUUCGAGAACUCAGCAACCUACGACAGCUUUGUCGACUUCAAUCCAACGCUCUGGUCCGAGCUAGACGACUGGCCGAGAGUGGGCGGAAUAGACCUCUGACAGAGUCAAUGGAUAAUAUGGAGGCGCCCAAAUGUGACCGGUGUGAAACAAGGGCAAUGGGCGUGGUUCUCGCUCCGUGUUUCCAUAGCUUAUGUCCGGGUUGUGGUGGGACUGGACCACCAGGCGCUUCGGAUGUUAUGUUUCAAACCUGCCCGGUGUGCUCUCUUUCUGGUUUCCAACAGCCCAGAAGGACUUAGGCGUAUUAGCUACUGCUAUUCGGGCCGCCGUGUUGACCGGAAGUGACAUUCCCUUGCGGAAAGCGAUGCUUACGGGCGUGAAGGCGAGGGGACGAAAGAUGAG